AUGGAACCUUCAGAAGCGACUCAGAUAAAGAAGGAGCGAGAUGCGUCGGUAGAAACGCUGAUCACGCCAGAAGGAGCAUCGACAGCUUCCACAGAGCCGUCCUCUGAAAGCUCUAUUCAUCCUUGCUUAAGAGAAAUAGAGAUCAGCGACUCUCAAUUAAAAUUGCAAAACCUGUACACGAUGUACCCAAUUCCCGACGAUCCUGGAUUAGUACCGGCCUUCUGGACCAUUGAGGAACGUCGAACCAGUUUCCAGGCGGACGGUGUAGAGAAAUUUUUCGAUUUAUCGAAGGCAUCCCGUAUAAAACCCGUACAAGCUUUAGAAGAGAUGCUACUGUCCGAUAAAAUCAGCUUACAGUAUUACGGACUCGAUUCGCGUGUUAUAAGACCACUCUGUGAAGCAUUAACGAACAAUCCUUUCGUACACACGAUCAAUCUCACAGGUAACUGGUUAUCCGCGGAUGCGUGUUAUCAUCUGAGCGAUCUACUACGGAAGAAUAGCAUGGUACAUACUCUAGUUCUAUCAGGAUGUAAAAUCGGUGCAGAAGGUGCUGCGAUGUUACACGAUGGAAUUUUGCAUAACACAACAUUAAGAAAGUUAGAUCUCUCUGAUUGUAAUAUUCGUAAUGAAGGUCUCGAUUAUAUCGCAAAUUCGAUUGACAAUAUCGAGACUCUUACGUUGAACGAUAAUCACCUCGAUGAAUCCUGUUCCGACGCUCUGUUAAAAUUGCUCUCCGAGUCGAGCGAGUUGAAGCGUUUAGAACUGUCGUGGAAUUCCUUAUACACCGUGGAAACUUGGAUAAAGCUGGUCAAAGGACUCGAGGAAAAUAACACUUUGGUCGAUCUAGACUUGUCUUGGAACGCAUUGGGCAAAGAAUGCGUUUUGUAUCUUCGUCGAUUGUUGUUAGGUCCUUCAAUGUUGAAAAGGUUAUAUUUAAAUGGAAAUCGAUUUAUCGAUGACGACACAGUGAUCAUAGCGAGAGGUUUAUCGAAAAAUGAAACACUCGAGGAAUUGUACAUUGGUAAUAAUCCUUUGAAAGCAAACGGUGCAUUCAAUCUCGUUAAUGCAGUCACCCCAGAAAAUGCACCCGAGAGUUCACUACGUAUUUUGGAUCUGACGAAUGUUUGGGCUAAUAAGAAGAUAUUAGCUAAGCUUGAAGUAAUUAAAGAUCAAAAACCGUGGCUUGAUGUUAAACUGGGAGGAAUACUUAGCAAUUACAAACUCGAGGGUCCAGAUGUAAAAACCAUACUUUUGAAAAGGGCCAAUUAUGAGGCAAUGAGGCCAAAGAAAAAACGACUGCGCAGAAACUUCGGUCAUUUCGUAUUAUCACUUUCCGAUGAUCCCAUCUCGAGAGCGAAAUUCGUGGAACUAAUAAAAAAAUUCCGACUGAAACUGUCUCAAACAUUGAUACGCGAAAUAACAAUUGCAUUCGCUGCUACAAGUCAUACCAUUGAUCAAGAGCUAUUAAAAUCUGUUUAUAUGAAACACUAUCCGGAUACGAAACCUCCGCCGGAAAAAAAGCCUGCUAGAAAAGAAAAACUGCUUCAACUUUAA